AUGUCGACCUAUGGGCCUCGGCCGUCCUCUUUCGAGCUCGAGGAAGGGGGAGAGCGGUAUUACAUCGGCUCCGAGGUGGGCAACUACCUCAAGUACCACCGCGGCACCCUCUACAAGAAAUAUUCGCUGAUGUGGAAACGCGUGGCGACGAUGGACGAAAAGGAGAAAAUCCGCGCCAUCAACGCCUCGCCCGCCUUCUUGAAUACGAAUAUUAUGCUCGUUCGCCAGAGCGAAGUUGACGAUAUUCUGGCCGGAAAUGACGAGAAAUACAAGGUGGCCGGAAACGCGGCGCCUCGCCCCGAGGGCAGCUUCACGCCGAUGAAGCCGAACCCGGCGAAGCAGGGCUCCAACCAGGGAUGGGGCGGCCAGCAGGUACAAAGCGGCUCCCAUCACGUCGAAGCCGUCCCCGCCUCCCACCCAAUCGCACACGGGCGCGGCAAGUUCAAGCUGCGCGAAACCAUCUACUCCACCGAGGAUUUUGAACAGGCAAAACGCAUCCGGCUGAACGCGGACAUCCCGGAGGAGCUGGUGCCGAUCCGGUUGGACAUGGAGAUUGACCAGAUCAAGCUGCGCGACACGUUCUGCUUCAACCGCCGCGAGACGAUCAUCACUCCCGAUGUG